CAUAAGAGUAAAAAAUACAAAAAAGGGUUAGCUUUGCAGAUAUAUUUUCUUUCAAAGUUUGAAAGAAUGGAUUUUUCAAAGCUGCCUCCUGGUGGGUCUAUCAAUAUCAAUUUUGAAGAAUACAAUGAAGAAGCUUCAAAUCAAAAGAAUAAGAAGCAAAAUCUCCAAUCAUCUCACAAUCAAGACCAAGUAGCUAGAUUUGAAGGAAUACGCCACCAAUGUCCGCAUCCUGAACAAUUCAAGCAUAUGUUUCAAAGAAAACCAAACCAAAUCAAGGAACUUAUCCCAGCUGAAGCGAUACAACAAACUAUUCGAAAUUCGCAGCAACAAAAUGAGGUGUUACGUCAAGAGCAGGAGAGAGUAACUAAUGUUAGUGGAAGAGGAAGAGGAAAGAGAAAAAAUACAAUGUUCUCACAAGAAAAUUCGAGAAACGUAAACAAUGAAAUGAUGAUUCCUGCAACAAAAAUUUUCACUGUUGUUCCACACCUGGCAUCAUGCUAUAAAAAUAAUCAUCGUGUUGAAAGUCAUAUUGAUAUUGAUAUCGAUUAUGAUCAAAAUUAUUUUGAUGUGACUCGUGAAUCUCAACAAACUGGGACAUCUCUUACUCAUGCAGCUGAAAAAACUGUUCAAGAUGAUGAAACUACUCAUGUUGUAAAUUCAUCCGAUGGUCAAAAUUUACGUGUUAUUACUACUACUACUACUGCACAUAAACAAAAUGUUUCAGCUUACAGUGAUACAUAUCUUUAUGAAGAUGAUGUUGUUUCGAAUUGGUUGUUCUCAGAAGAUGUUCCUAGUUUAGAUCAUGUUCUUCGUGAUACUUCUAUUCGUGGUCUUGUUCCUGAUCCUAAUCUGACUUCUGGUAAUCAUGUUUCUACAGUUGAUAAGGAUGUUGUCCAUGUUCUUAAUUCGGCUUCAGGUAAUCAUGUUGCUGUCAUUGAUAAGGAUGUUGUUCCAGAUCCUAAUCCUGCUUCUGGUAAUCAUGUUUCUACCAUUGAUAAGGAUGUUCUUUCUGAUCCUAAUAUUGCUUCUGGUAAUCAUCGCAUUGCUAUCGUUGAUGAGGAUAUUGUCCGUGAUCCAAAUCUUUCUUUUGGUAAUUGCAUUGCUACCGUUGAUGAGGAUAUUGUUCGUGAUCCUAAUCUUGCUUCUGCUAAUCACAUUGCUACCAAUUAUGAGGAUGUUGUUCCUAUUGCCUCUGAUAAAGAUGUCAGUGCAUUUGAUAUUGCAGUUUUUGGUGGUUGUUUGCCUCACCCAAUAGGCAUGGCUAUGGAAUCUGAGAAGAAAGUGAUCACAGAGACUGCUUAUAAUGCUUUGGAGGAGUUAACAAGGAUGAUAAAACUGAAUGAACCGUUCUGGUUUAGUUCGACAAAGACUGGCAAGUUCAUUCUUCAACGUGAAACCUAUGACAACUUUUAUAAAAAGAUCAGCGUCUUAAAUGGACCUGAUGCGCGUAUUGAGGCCUCGAAGGAAUCACUAGUUGUCAGCAUGGCUGGUGCACAAUUGGUUGACAUGUUCCUUGAUUCGAAAAAAUGGAUUGCUCUUUUCCCUACUAUUGUUAAAACCGCAUGUACAAUACAAGUAUUUGAACACGGUUUGCCAGAAAGUCGGGAUGGAGCUAUGCAAUUGAUGCAUGCAAAAAUGCACAUUCUUUCUCCAUUGGUUCCAACUCGACACACCUCGUUCCUUCGUUGUUGUAAACAAAUUGACAAAGACAUAUGGGUAAUAGCUGAUGUAUCAUCACUGUCAAUUCGUUCCAUAUUCGAUGCAUGUAUUCAAAAUGUUUGGAAGUUUCCAUCUGGAUGCAUGAUUCAAAAACUUACAAAUGACUCAUGCAGGGUAACUUGGGUGGAACAUAUACAAGUGGACGAUAAGCGGACAACCGACACUUUCUUCGAAAAACCAGUUUGUGGAAACAAUGGAUAUAGAGCUGAAAGAUGGGUUUUAACAAUGGAAAGAAUGUGUCAGAGAAUUUCAACCUCUUUAGUUCCAAAUACAUCUAGCACUGACAUCACCACAAGAGCGAAAAGGAUUGUAAUGAAGCUUGCUGAACGAAUGCUAAAAAUAUUUUAUGAAGCAUUGGACAUGGCAUCAAACACAGAUUUUCCAAAGCUGAAUACAAUGGAUUCUGAUGGAGUUAGGGUUUGUGUUCGAAAAUGUACCGAUCCAGGAACUGAAAAUGGAGUCAUCCUCACUGCUUCUCUCACCUUUUGGCUAUCAUGCUCUCCAGAUCAUGUCUUUGAUUUCUUCAAAGAUAGUAGUAGAAGAUUUCAGUGGGAUGUUCUAUGCGAAGGUUAUCCUACCGAAGAAAUUCAUCGGAUAACAAACGGAACCAAUCCGGGAAACUUCACUUCAAUUAUCAAGACUUUGAACGUGAAAGAUGAAGAUAUGAGGAUUCUGCAAGAGUGUUAUACACAUUCUAUGGAAUCUGGUUUGGUUUAUUGUCCGAUCGAUACAAACACAAUGAAUUGUGCGAUAAGAGGAGAAGAUUGUUCCAUGUUGCCUCUUCUUCCAUCUGGUUUAACCAUAUCAGGGGAUGGACGACUUUCCGAUCAAAAUAUAGGGAAAGUAAUUGGUGAAUGGUAUGAAGGUUCAAUCGUGACUUUAACUUAUCAGAUGCUGAUCGGUAAAGAUUCAAAAAUGAAUAGUCCUGACUUAAACGUGUUAAAGAAAAUAAAUAAGUUUGUUAACUCGGCAGUGAACAAAAUCAGAGAUGCUUUGAAUUGUAGUGAUUAUUAGUAUUUUCAUCGUGUAACUCGAAUUGUUAU